ACCUUAAUCUAGUCACACAAAGGACGAAAACUUUAGCUCCAGCAAACAAAAAUGGCAAUGAUGAAGAAUCCAAACCAAUACACAAAGAUAGAGAAAGAAGAUCUUAAUGAGAUCAUCCAUAGGAGAGCUCAGUUUCUGAUCCACAAGAUUCUCCAACGAGCCGACAUAGAGACAUUAAGACAGCAACAGAAGAGAAAUACCACGAUCAAAUUGUUUUCGUUUAGAGUGGUUGGGAUAAGAAUGAAGAUAGGGAAGAAGCUGAGGAAGCUAAGGAAGAGUUGUGUAAUGGUGGACAAAAAUGGUGAUCUUAUUCCACGUGUUCUCAAAUCUCUUAGACGUUAUUUCUUCUGUUCCUCUCCUCGAAAUGACUCCAAUCUUCCUCCUCUCUUCGCUCUUCAUGUUUGAACAUUUCUUAGAAAAGGAGUUAUUUUGUUUUUCUUAUCAUACCAUAUCAUAUAUUGAAUAAA